AUGAGUUCAACUGAUAAUCAACUUUCAUGGACUAUAGCGUUUUCAGAUAAAACAACAGGUAUUGCUGCAGUCCCUCAAUGCCUGUCAUCAGGAGAUAUCUUUGGUGAUGGGAAUUGUCGAAUUUUAAUUGCAACAUUAGAUCAAAAACUUAUUUGCUUCGAUGGCGCCAGAAUGACUCACAAUAUUACAAUACCAGACAUGCCAAGUAGUAUAUGUGUUCACUAUAAUACAUCAUCAUCUUCUUUACCGUUAGUUGCAGUUGGUGCUGGUAAUAACAUUCUCUUCUUCCUUAACUUAAGACAAUUUUCGAAAUUUACACUACCUUUGCCAUUUAAAUCACCUGAAGAAGAGGCAAUUUAUCAACACAUUCAAGCACAAACAGAAGGAUAUACACUCGAGCAAGCGCAAUUAGAGCUUACCCAACUCAAAGAUCGCAAUGUUUCGCUAUCUACAACAUCAUUAUCUUUUAUUGCUGCAGAUUUAAAGCAGACAAUGGUAAUGAAUCGAUAUAAAGAGCUCUUUUCAGACAUUACGUCACUUGAUUGCAUUACAGCAAUGGCAUCCAUCAAAAAUAACGCCUUAGAAGAUGAUAAAUCUACACGUUUACUCGUUGGAACAGAAUCUCGUUGUUUAUUACUUCUCGAUUCCAAAGAUUUGAAGGUAGAUAAGAAGUGGGAAUUCGAUUCCCCACCAUCAGCAAUCAUUGCCAAUGGCUAUAUGACAGGAAGUUCCGUAAUUGUCGUAGUUUGUAGAGAUCGCAUCGUAAAAGUCAUCUCAAACCUUAGCGAGCGACCAGUGCAUAUACACUGCAACUCAUUACCAAUUGAUGUUGCCGUAUGUGGUGGCCUUGUUUACAUUGCUUUGAUGUCCCAAAAUUUACAAGUAUAUGAUAUCACAGGAAAACUACAAGAAACAGUUUCAUUUGAUGAACAGAUCAUUUCUCUUGCCACAGUUAGUGUCGAAGAACGCCAGAUCCAACUCUGCUGCGUUGCAACUGCGAAAGGAAAUCUCACUUUUCUUUCUCAAGGAAAAAUUUCAUCGACAUACACUUUCCCCGAAGGAAUUUCAGCUCUUUACUUCGGAAAAGUCGGUCGUGAGCCGAACAACCUUUUAUCCAUCAGUUCCUACGGUGGAUUGUUCAUGAGAACACUUUCAAGAGUUUCUCAAAAACAAAAUGAAGUGAAAAAAGAAGAACCAGUUUCUCCGAUUCCUAUUCCACGGAAAUCUCAAUUAUUCCUGGAACAAGUUGAGCGCGAGAAGAAAGACUCACAGAAAAUGUACAACGAAUGGCAGAACUCUUUAAGAUACCUUUCAAUGCUAUCGGCAAAUGUUUAUGCACAAAUUUUGGAAACUUCAGUUUUGUCACCGAUUGACACUGUUCAUUUUGCAGCGAAAGUUCUCGGAAUGGGUCCAUCAUUUGUUCUGCAAGUUAACGUGACAAACACAGGUAAGGAACCCGUCAACUUCUUGACAAUGAUUCCUUCUUUCAAUGAUAAAGUAUAUAGAGUUGAGCCUUCAUCAGUUUCUCUUCCAUCUUUAAUUGGCGGAUAUAAAUACAGCGCAAAAUUCGCUGUUGAAUCAAUUGAUAGAGAAGGAAAGGCUGAUGUAAUUACAAUAUCUGCUGUUUCGUCACAGUAUUCAAUACCUCUAGGAACAUGCAGUGUUCAAAUGCCAGUUUCUCAAUUCCCUGUUGAAUAA